ACCGCCCCCGCCCCCCGCCCCGCCCAAGCAGCAAACACUAAAGCAAAACCAAAUAUGUGGUCCCCCCCCUCCCGCCGCGCCAGCGAGAUCGUCCUGCCCACCGCCUCCGGCGCACCACCACCGUCGCAGUCAAACGAGUACAUCAAUUCGCUCUACAGUCUCGCGGGCAAGACGGCGGUCGUGACCGGCGGCACCCGCGGGAUCGGCGCGGGAAUCGCCGUAGCUCUCGCCUCCGCCGGCGCGAACAUAAUCCUCCCGAUCCGCACGCCGCACAGCGGCGCCACGACCAUAUCCCGCAUCGAGUCAUUGGGGCGGCGGUGCCGGACCUUCCCGUGCGACCUCGGCAACACACCGGAGGUAUCCACGUUAAUCUCACGUAUCACCAGUGCAGGCGAGCGCAUCGACAUCCUCGUGAACUGCGCGGGGUGGCACGUCCGCAAGCCGGCAGAGACGUACAGCGACGCGGAGCUGGAGGGGAUCUGGCGGGUCAAUCUCGGGGCGAUGUUUAUCCUGUGCCGUGACGUGGCGGCGCACUGGUUCGCUGAGGACCUGCAGGGCUGGGGGAAUGCCAGUGGGGUCCCGAGAAAGAAGAUCAUUAAUACUGCCAGCGUGCUGAGUUUUACCGGCGGGACGGGCCUCGCGGCCUACACCGCGACGAAGGGUGGCAUCGCACAGGUCACGAAAACGUUCAGUAAUGAGUGGGCCGCAAGGGGGAUCAAUGUCAACGCCAUCGCGCCGGGGUAUAUCCGCACGGACUUGACGCGGGAUCUGCAGGAGGACGCGGAGAAGAAUGCGGAGGUGAUGCGGCGGACGCCGGUGGGCCGCUGGGGCGAGACGGCGGAUCUGGCGGGGCUCGUGGUCUUCCUUGCGAGUGGCGCGAGCGAUUUUAUGGCUGGCGCGGUCGUCCCCGUCGAUGGUGGGUACACCGCGAGGUAGUUUUGGUGUUGUAAUGCAGAGAGAGGUCCGCUUGGA